AUGUUCAGCAAAAUCUUAGCUCUCAGUGCGCUCUUGGCUGCUGCCAACGCUGGUCUGCUUGGGAAUGCCCAUUCUUCAGCUUACCAUAACAUCGUUCAUCAUGAUGUACCGGUCCACAAUGCUGCCCCUGAGAUCCACUAUGCCAAUGCUGAUGCCCACUACGGUGCCCCAGUAAUUCACAGCGAAAGCCACGACACUUACGCUCACCCUAAAUACGACUUCUCAUACUCCGUGGCCGACCCUCACACCGGUGACCACAAGUCUCAACACGAGAUCCGCGACGGUGACUCUGUCCAUGGCUACUACUCUCUGCUCCAACCUGACGGCUCAGUCCGUUCAGUCGAGUAUUCCGCUAAUGACCACAAGGGAUUCAAUGCCGUUGUACACAACUCCGCCCCCUCCGUACACCCUGCUCCCCAUCACGGAAAUGAUUACCACCACUAA